UCCUUCCACAGGCUUCCUUCUACCCUACCCUCGCCGGUCGCUGCACAGUUCAAACCGGGCGGCUUCGCUCGCCGUUCUAAAGACGAGGGCGGCGGCUUUGUUUUCAGCAGAAGCGGAGGGGCUUUAGCGCUUUGGUCCUCCGCUUUUCCACCCGAUUUAGCGAAAGCUUUGCACGGCCUUGUUGUUAUUGAUUGCUCGGCAAAAGGCAGCGACGAGAGCGCGCCCCCUGUUCCGUGGCCUCGUUCUCUUCCUCGCUAAGCAACCGGGGUGGAAGGCCCGCCCGACCAGGGUUAGCUCGCCGCGGCCUGCCGGGAAAAGCGACGGCCCGAAGGCCGUAGCAUAAGAAGCGGGAGAGCGCCUGAGAGACACGCGGAGUCCGAUCAGAUCGUGCCUCUCUGUUUCUUUUUGUGCUUGAAGGAGGGGACAGGGGAGAUGGCGGAGAGGAGGUGGAUUAUGCUUGCCCUCUUGGGAGUCAUCCAGCUCCUUCGUCUUCCUUCAGUAGCGCCGCAAUCCUUCAUCGGCAUCAACUACGGCGACGUGGCGGACAACCUCCCGCCACCGUCGUCCACCGCGCGCCUCCUCCAGUCCACGACCAUCUCCAAGGUCCGCCUCUACGGCACGGACCCGGCCGUCGUCUCGGCCUUCGCCGGCACGGGCAUCUCCCUCCUCCUCGGCGCCACCAACGGCGACAUCGCCAACCUCGCGUCCUCGCCCGCCGCGGCCUCCGCCUGGGUCGCCGCGCACAUUCCGUCCUCGUCGCCGGCGGUCUCCACCGUCUCCGUCGGCAACGAGGUCCUCUUCGCCGACGCGUCGCUCGCCUCGCAGCUCGUCCCGGCAAUGCAGAACCUUUACGACGCGCUGCCGCCCAACUCCAGCGUCAAGGUCUCCACCGUGAACGCCAUGGACGUGCUUGCGAGCUCCGACCCCCCUUCCUCCGGCGCGUUCAAGCCGGAGCUCUCCGCUACGCUAGACCCGCUCCUGGCGUUCCUGAGCAAGACCGGCUCGCCGUUCCUCAUCAACCCGUACCCCUACUUCGCCUACCUCAGCGACCCGCGGCCGGAGACGCUGGCCUUCUGCCUGUUCCAGCCCAACGCCGGGCGGCCGGACGCCGGGUCCGGGCUCACCUACACCAACAUGUUCGACGCGAUGGUGGACGCCGUGCGCGCGGCACUGGACGCUAAGGGCUACAAAGACGUGGAGAUCGUGGUGGCCGAGACCGGGUGGCCGCACAAGGGCGACACCGACGAGGCCGGCGCCACGGUGGAGAACGCGCGCGCCUUCGUGUCGGGCCUCGUCUCCCACCUCCGGUCCCUGGCCGGCACGCCGCGCGCGCCCGGGAAGUCGGUGGAGACGUACAUCUUCGCCGUAUACGACGAGGACCUCAAGCCCGGCAAGGCGUCGGAGAGGUACUUCGGGCUGUUCCAGACCAGCCUCACCGAGACGUAUCCGACGGGGUUGCUCAGGAACGGCACGGCCGGGCUGGGGCCGGCAAUGGCGCCGGCGCCGGCGCCGACGUCGGUGCAGCCGCCACCGGCGCUGCCAACGCCACAGGUGACUCCAGCGCCGCCAGGCUCGGCGGCGGUGGCAGGGCCUUCUGGCCUCUGCGCGCCGGGGACGGCGACGGCGAGGGUAGCUUGCACUCAUCACAAUGCUGCCGAAUCGUCUCGCACUUUCUCAGUGCUAACUAUCAUUGCUGGUUUUUGGUUCACAGCUUUGCAGAUGUUAAUAUGACUCUUUUUCUUUAGGCUUUUCUUUUUCCCAGCCAAUGUAUUGAGGCAGCUUUUGUAUUCCUAGUGUGUGGCUUCACGAUCCAAGCAACGCGUCAAGAUUUCAAGUACUACGACA